AGGUAAUGUUUAAAUAACGGAGUUUCAGCUUUUAAAAGAAUGUUUACUUUAAACUUUAUAAUUAUUAUCUGACACUUAUAGAAGCAGGUUCAUUGACGCCUCAAUUUUAUCUUGUUUUUACUGUGGACAAUAUUAUAAGUUGUGGACAUGUUUAGUUUGAAAUAUUAAUUAUAAGCAGUGUUUUGUUAUUCAUGAACGCCUGUGUGAACAUUAUUAGUGUACAAAAUGACGAGGUACAAUGGGAAUUAUCCAAACAGGAUGUGUGGUCAGCUGUUAAGUCAAUAUGAUCCCCACUUAUUGGACAUAUAUAAGGCUGAAAUGUCUUUCGGAAUAGAGAGAUUCUUCCUUCUAUCUUACUGCCUCUCUUGUUGCUGGCCAGCUUUUGGAGCUAGAAGUGGUCUAAGAAUUGUGCGACAAUGGCCUGAAUUACAGUUUGCUUUCCCCAGUGAAGCUUUGAGACAAAUUGCAAUGGAAAAACAAUACUAUGUACCUGGCAACUCAGUUCCCAUUGACGUCGAUGUUUAUCACAGACGAAGUCCCGAAAAAUCGAGAAUAUUCGUCACCAUACCACGCUUUGAUGUGGGACGUCCUGUGACCCUGGGUACAGUGGAUGAUCAAGGAGAGAUACAUGGAUAUCCAGACUACUCUUGGCAUGAUAACCAAGGAUACAACUGUGAUGGUCUGACUUCAGUAUUUCGAACAGCGAUUGACACCUGUAAUCGUCUGUGGGUGGUAGAUUCAGGAAAGAUUGGUGACAUGCAAGUGUGUCCCCCACAAGUGCUGGCAUUUGAUCUACAGGCCGAUCGUCUGCUGUACAGACACAAAGUUAACGCCUCAAACUAUAUCGCUACAUCGCUGUUUAUAACUCCUGUGGUUGACGUCAGAUCUGACUGCCGCGACACGUUCGUGUACGUCGCCGAUGUCUCCGGCUUCGGUCUCCUCGUGGUUGAUGUCCACCGCGACAGGUCCUGGAGAGUAACUCAUCGACAUUUCUUCCCGUACCCUUCACACGGAACAUUUACAAUUGACGGUGAAAGCUUCGACUUGAUGGAUGGAGUCCUCGGGAUGGCUCUGUCACCUCAUCUACCAAACGGUGAAUGUUUCCUGUACUUUCAUGCACUGGCAUCUACCAGCGAAAACGUUGUCCGGACAAGUAUACUUCGCAAUGACUCCUUCUUAAGGGAUUCCAAUGCUGAUCCUAAUUCUAUUAAUGUUUUUCCCGAAAAGAGACCGAAUCAAUCUGCAGCAGAAGCAAUGAAUAAAGAUGGAAUCUUAUUCUUUGGCUUGAUGGAACCACCGAGUAUUUGGUGUUGGAACUCUGCAACUGAAUUUGGUCCCAAGAACUUCCAUCAAAUUGCCAUGAACAGAGAAACUUUACAAUUUGCAAGUGGUUUGAAGAUCAUCAAGAAUGUCAAAGGCGAAGAAGAACUCUGGGUUCUAACUUCAAGUUUUCAGAGAGUAAUGACAGGAAGCCUGAAUUCAAAUAGAGUCAACUUUAGGAUUCAUGCAGAAAAGAUUUCCAACAUUCUAGAGGAUUCCCUCUGUUUAGCGCCCCCAAAGGAUCGUGCGCAUGGCCAUCAUGCCAAUUCUAUUUUGAAAGAUGUCCCUAGACAACACUGGAAAUAUGGAGCUGUAGCAUAUCUCUAGAAAUUCAAGCGCUGUCAAAUCGAUUACACGAAAAAUUCAAACUGCAGCAUUGGCCAUAAUCUAAUUACAUAGUGGAUGAUAAUAUAAGUUUAUUAAGGAAUAAAUUAUUUUACUAUA